AUCUUUGCUUGAGAAGAAUCCGCACAUAGCAUCCAAAACUUUUAGAUUUCCCUUGGUUUUAUUGCAAGGAGCAGCAAGGUCUCUACUUGUGUAACUCUCGUGCCAGAGAAAUGAGGUUUUGUUUGGGGAUUUUGGGUGGAGAUUUUGGAGUGGGUGCUGCACGAAGAGAGAGUUGGGGGUAGAGAGAGAAAGUGAGAGAGGGCGGUAGAGAAAGUGAGUUGGGACAUCUGACGGCUUGGAAGGCUCUAACGAACUGUAGGGCUUCAAAUUGAAUUGAAAAACUCCCUAACUUGUUCAUGUCUGAGUAUUUCCACUCCAAAUCUCAUUUGAUCUUCUUAAGAAGAAGAAGUUUGCCAGCUCUUGUCACCAUGCUUAAGAGAAAGCACCUCCUUUCAUUCCCAUUCUCUGCUUUCUUGCCUUCUUCUGCUUUUUCUUCUUCUUCUUCUUCUUCUUCUUCUUCUGCAUAUUCUUCUUCUUUUGCAAAUUCUUCUUCUUCUUCUACAAGUUCUUCUUCUUUUGCAAAUUCUUCUUCAAGAUGUGUUCUAAGGAUAGGAGAUGUGUUCAGGAGAGUGAGGAAGUUUGGGAGUGAAGAUGUGAUGGAGUAUUCGAGGCUUAGCCACGACUCGAAUCCCCUUCAUCUCGAUGCCCAGGCUGCACAGAGAGCGGGAUUUGAUGGCUGCUUGGUUCAUGGAAUGCUUGUUGCCUCCCUUUUCCCCUGCAUAAUUGCUUCUCACUUUCCUGGGGCAGUAUAUGCAUCACAAAAUCUGCAAUUCAAAUUACCAAUCUAUGUGGGAGAUGAAGUAGCUGCUGAAGUAUGUGCCCUGGAGCUUAGAGUCUACAAAGAGAAGUACAUAGCAAAAUUCUCCACAAAAUGCUUUAAGAAAGGGGAGUUUCAGGUCAUUGAUGGUGAAGCAAUGGCCAUCUUACCUAGUUUAGCAGUGAAUCAUGUCCAUGUUGAUUAAAGUUCAUGCUGUGAUUCUGAAAUUAUUUUCUCUUUCAACCUAAUAUGACUUUGUUUGCAAAGGAUUCAGUCAGGUAUUACUCUUUCCUUUGUUUUAAUUUUUGACAAGGAGAUAAUCAUCUUUAGUUCACAAUUAUCUUAGAGCUAUGGUGCAUGGGUACUUGUAUAUGUUUAGCAUGCCAGUGUCGCACUGUGUCAACAAUGAUAAUGUUACCAGAUACUGCUAGGAUAACGGUAAGCAUAAAAUAAGAUAUCUACAAAAAAUAUUAAAUGAAUAAAAUAUAACAUUAUGCAUUAUGAUAGGGUAUACAAGUAUCCAGCACAUGGAUACAUAUAUUUAUGUCUUAUUCGAGCAUCUUACGUUUGUUUGAAGUUGAAGAUGUGCUUAAUAUGAAACAUAGAAUAAGGAGAGCAGAUACCUUGACAAUGUGGAGAGUGGCUGCUAUUCUUAAGCUAAGAACAGUGAAGCUCAAUUCUUUUUGUUUUUUUUUAAAGUUGUUAACUGUUUUAUAGACAGAACUGAUAUACAAGAGUUUGAAGCACCCACAGUCCGGGCAUUCGUAUAUAAAAACCCCUUACGGGGUCCAAAAAAAGCUAUACAAGCAGAGGUAUAGUAAGUAAAAUAAUAAGAGGUGCGCAAAAGUCUCCUGUGUGUUCUGCUGUGAGGUACCGUCCUUAGCAAGGGCGUCAGCUGCGGCAUUGGCUUCCCUCCAGGUACGUUGCCAAACCGUGUGCAUAUCCCUGCAAAGGUGGAAGAUUUCAUCCAAAAUGUGCUCCAUUCUCCAUGGGCAUGGGGGAGGAUUUAGAUGCCCAUGCAAUGGCGUUUUUAGAAUCCCCCUCAAUAAUUAUAGUUUCACUCUGGGAUGGGUUGAAAUGGUGACGUCCCACGGAAAGGGCUAAGUCUUUGGCCAUAGUGGAGUUGGUUUGACCAAUGAAGUGGGAGAAGGAGAGUAGUGGAAUUCAAUUUUCGGGAAGGACUUUCAUUUUGUAGGCUCUAAAGAAUUGUUGUAUUGCACCUUCAAAGAACAAAGGGAAUUAUUUGUUCUGCAUAUAACCGUAUUAAAGGAGCUCAUGCAUUCUUACUAGAGAUGGUGCUUCCAGUUAAGAUUACAUGAAAUGGAGGUUGCUUGUUGUCUAGAUUUGGCAACGAGCUCUUUUUGUAGAUUUGGGCGAUGAUGACUCAUGAAGAUUGUGUUUGUUUAACAGGCUUCGCUUCAACACGUGACUCAAUUUCUGUAGGAUGAGAGGGUAACAUGGUGUCUGUGUUGGUGUAGAAGUAAUUAAGACAAAAGGUAUGGAGGUUACAGAAAAAGUUUAUUUAGGAGACAGAAGUCACAGAACAUCAAUGUAUCUAUUUGAUGGAAAAAGUUUAUAUAAGGAUGCAACCUUAUAAUGUA